AAGACGGUAUUUGAUCUGCAGCCGUAUGAACGUUUAGCCAUAUUGAAAGUUAUCAUACAGCAGCUACUCACUUACGAGAAAUUCCGCUCAACAGUUGAUGAACGCAUCACGUCGCUAAUUGAAAUGCGUAAAGAGCUCAAAAACCUGCGAACUUUUGAUGCCACGCAGGAAAAGGAUUCACAUGAAGCAUGUUUGGUCCGAGAAUACGAAGCGGAACAGAUUGAGGAACUCGGUGAAGCGGCGCGAGCAGACGUGGUGAAAAAAGAGAAACCAUCGAGCGAAACUACCACGUUGAUUAAUUUUGUAAAAAAUGGAACUUUUGUGGGAAGACGUGAGGAGCGAGUGAGAGAAGUCGAGCAGGUAAGCGUCCCUCAAUUUUUUUUUUUUUUUUUUCAAUAUUUGGAUUAG